GUGGUGCGUAACGUAACAUUCCAUUGAGAAGAAGAGGGAAAGAUGGCGUCCUCUAAUAAUCCUCGCAAAUUUAGCGAAAAAAUCGCUUUGCAUAAUCAGAAGCAGGCGGAGGAGACAGCUGCGUUUGAAGAAGUGAUGAAAGACCUGAACAUCACCAGAGCUGCGCGGCUGCAGUUACAGAAGACCCAGUAUUUGCAACUAGGGCAGAAUCGUGGACAGUACUAUGGAGGCUCACUGCCCAAUGUCAAUCAGAUUGGAAAUGGCAACAUUGACCUGCCUUUUCAGAACACAGUGCUGGAUACCAGUCGGACAACCAGGCACCACGGGCUAGUGGACCGUGUUUACCGUGAUCGGAGCCGCAUCACUUCCCCUCACCGCCGCCCGCUGUCAAUAGACAAACAUGGACGUCAGAUUGACAGCUGUCCUUACAGCUCAGUUUACCUCUCACCACCCCCAGACACUAGCUGGAGAAGGACAAAUUCAGACUCUGCCUUACACCAGAGCGCCAUGAAUCCAAAACCCCAGGAAGUCUUUGCAGGGGGGUCACAGGAGCUGCAGCCCAAGCGAGUACUGCUGCUAACAGUGCCUGGGACAGAGAAUCCAGAGUCAAACGGAGACAAGGAUGCGCAGAAGCAGUUAUGGGAUGACAAGAAGGAUGAUUCAUCAAAUCCCAACACAUGUGAUGUCCCAGGAAUCAAUAUAUUUCCAUCUCCAGACCAGGAAUUGAAUCCAUCAGUCCUCCCAGCUGCACACAACACCGGUGGUUCACUUCCUGAUCUGACCAACAUCCAGUUCCCUCCCCCACUGUCCACCCCUCUGGACCCUGAGGACACCGUGGCCUUCUCCAGUCUCAGCUCAUCCAACAGCACAGGCAGCCUGACCACCAACCUCACCCAUCUGGGCAUAAGUGCUGCCAGCCAUGGAAUCCCGACCUCUUCUCAGCCCUCUAUGACUGUAACAGCACAACGCCGGCAACCUCCUGUGGUGCCGCUCACCCUCACCUCUGACCUUCAUAUCCAGCAGUCCUCGCAGCAGCUCUCACCCACUCUGUCUUCACCUGUUAACAUAACACAGUCUGUGCCAACAGAGGCACUGACCCUGGAGCAGCAGCUUUCUCAGUACCCCCUGUUCAACCAGCUGACGCCUCAGGCCCAGGCUCAGCUCCUCAGUGACCUCCAGAAGCAGCAGCAGGCCCUGCCACCAGGCAUCCAGCUCAUCACUUUGCCAGCUCCGGUCUCUACUGGUACAGGCACGGCCAGCAGCCCCUCUCCAGACAGCCAGACUACCGCCAGCAUGAGCAUCAGCUCGUAUCGCAAUCAGACUGGCUCACCAGCCACACAGUCUCCAACCUCCCCAGUCUCCAAUCAAGGCUUCUCCCCCGGCGGCUCGCCUCAACACAUCCCGGUGGUGGGCAGUAUAUUUGGCGACUCCUUCUAUGAUCAGCAGUUGGCAUCGAGGCAGACCAACGCCCUUUCUCACCAGCUGGAGCAGUUUAACAUGAUUGAAAACCCCAUCAGCUCCACCAGCCUUUACAACCACUGCUCCACCCUCAACUACACGCAGGCAGCCAUGAUGGGCCUCAGUGGCAGCAGCCUGCAGGACUCUCAGCAGCUCGGCUACAGCAGUCACGGCAACAUCCCCAACAUCAUCCUAACAGUCACAGGUGAGUCUCCGCCGAGCCUCUCCAAAGAGCUGACCAAUUCCCUGGCAGGCGUGGGCGAUGUCAGCUUCGACGCCGAUUCUCAGUUUCCUCUGGACGAGCUAAAGAUCGACCCGCUCACCCUGGACGGACUGCACAUGCUCAACGACCCUGACAUGGUGCUGGCCGACCCCGCCACCGAGGACACGUUCAGGAUGGACAGGCUGUAACUGAAGACGCUGACUGUGGCCAGGAACAAGAAGGAAAAAAAACACACUACGUUGUGAAUGGAGAGAAACAAAGGGCAGGAUGAACCCUCUCCCUCGUUGCAUGGCCGUCCAGCUGUCCGACCUCGCCCUUGACUCCGCGAAGCCCUUUGAAACGAUGCGCCACCAAAAGAUAACAGGGAAAAGGACAUAUACAGUGACUUCCUGGGAAUGGCGCUGCUGUCAUUUUGAAUGAGAUUGGUCGCUCAGCGCUUUCGCUAGCCUGCUGUGUUUACAGUGUACCAUUACAUGCCACAUAUAUUCCAAAAAUGCACAUCUGACUGUUUUCUUUUCUUUUCAUAUCCACGUUAAUAUUUAUUCAUUUGCUUGUAGCAGGAAGCUGCUGGGACAUUGGGUUAAACCGUUCCCAUUCUAACAGCUGUCAAACAAAAAAAAAUAAAUUCAAAAGAACCAAAUAGCUGCUUUACUACGUGCAAUCAGAUGGAGCGGUUUCCCCAAGAUGCCGUAACGGCUUUCUAUUUCACACUCAAAGCUUUAUUUUUAACAACCAAAUGUUUUUCAUCAUUUUAUGUAUGUUUUUAAGUAUUUAUAUGUUGUAUUUAUUUCUUAUUUAUAGAUUUUAUAUUUUGUCCUAUAAUUUAAAUUUAAUGCCAAAAUGCUCUCUGUAGGCAUAGUGUACAAUUGCACUGAUGUAAUUUGUGUCUUAUUUAUUGAUUACUAACAUAUUUAUAUAUGUGCUUGUAAAGCUACUUGGUUAUUGAAGGAGUGCAAAACCUCCCCAUAGUUGCUCUUUGGUGUUCGAUGUGCCGUUUGCUGAUGCUGCAGCCCAACAGUCGAAUGUCUCAAAUGCUGCGUGCUCCAGAAAUGGGCUGGUUUUACUCCGCUAGAAUUUGAGGUUUAGCUAGAACGCAAAGGAGCACGUCCAAAUUGACUUUCUGCCACUGAAAAGCCAGUCUGUUUUUAAAACUCAAAAAUCUUAAAUCUUUGUAAGUCGUCACUGUGAACUCACCUGAUUUUGCCUUACAUGAGUAUUCUACUGUUCUACUUAAGUGUCUAAUGUGACAACAUAUUUUCUUAACUUACUGUAACAUUUUCUUGUAUUUGAGAGGAACCUAUUCUUCAGUCAGUGAUAUUUGUGGUUAUGUUGUGUAAGGUUUGACAAAUCAAUGUACUGUAUUUUGUAGCGGUACGGUUUAUAGCCAAAUUGUCAUUUUUUUAAGUGGGACAAAAAAAAGCAAGACAUACGAUUAGAUCGGUGAUGUGUUGGAGAAGGAGCGCAAUUAUGGGGAGGCUUUUUGCUCCGAACAGGGAAGCUCUAACAAAACGCUACUGACUUGUUAAUGGCAGUACCACAAAGUAUUGGUGUAAACUGUAACUACAGUACAAGCUGCUAAAUGCUUGUUUGGUGAAUUACCAUAUAUCAUGUAGAGUGGGUGUCAUAUACUACGACUUCUAAAGUGUACAGGUCCCUGUGGCUCAGUUAAAGAAAGAUCAAAUUUAUAUAUAUAAUGUUUUUCUUGUAGUUUUAAAAUCGACACCUUUGCGUACAUUGAACCUUAACUGUCCAACAGUCAGGGAUGCUGAAGAGUUUCAAAGUGUUUACAGCAUCUUCUUAGCAGAGAUGUGUUUACAGGGGUUUGGUGUGUUUUGCUGAACUCCCAUCUGUCCUGGCUUUUUGUCAGAGUUUCCCUGAGUGCGGGUCCGUCCAUGGGACCUCUUAUGGUGUUGUGUAACGUUUGUGUACAGACAGACUAAUCACUUACUCACCUUACGCGCCGACGGGGACAGACUUUAAAGCCUGCGGUGGUUGAAGGAAUCACGUUUGGUUUACUGCACACCUCUGCUGUUGUACUGUUUGUUUCAGGUAAACAGGUGUUUGUCUGCUGUACUUCUCCAUCCAAGGUUUUGUUCGUCUUCAACAGAUCUGUGAUUCCUAUGCAACCGAGACAAAAAAAGACCCUUAAAGGAAAAACCCACCUCUGAUAUUUUCUUGUUUUCAACACAUUUGUUAUUUAGCUGGAUUUAUACUUCUGACGUUGUCUUGUAAGGGAAAUGUUUUUUUUACUUUACGGACAGAUGGAUAUGAGAGCGGCUGCCUGUUAUUUACGCUGGUACAUGCACAAAUUUGGCCAGUGACGAUGCAGUGAGAGGACGGCGUGCUAAACGUCUCAUCCCUCUCAGAGCUUGGUGUCACAGCGCCCACAAUUCUUAGACUCCUUAUUGCUGUAUAGAAACAAUGAACUCAGAUAAUUAUAUUUACAUUAUAUUUCUGCAUUCAUGGAAAAAUAUGACUAAACAUCUGUUAUUUCCCUUAAAAUUUGACAGCUAUCCGUGCAGCGGUGCUAUGACAAUCAGUGAGCGAAAUCGUAUGCUGAACUAUUCAUUUUUAAGCCAGUGGAUCACCUCAACCAAGAAGCAUAAAUCUAGCUUUACUUUAAAAAAUCAUUUUAAUGUAUAAUGACUCAUACAUAUUUUAUAACUUUAACAUAUAUAAACUGUACCUCUGCCUCUUCUACAGUGAAUUUCGUCCUGUUUGACUGUUUUUGCUCUAGCGAAAAAAUCCUCAAAUCCUAAGGGAACUGAUGUCAGACAUGAUUUAUUGGUCAUAAGUCGGCUCGAUUGCAGUUGCUAAAAAAUAUGUGCACAUUUAUCCUGGGCCCAGAGCUGCACAACAGUGUCUCAGAUGUUGAUUUUGUGUAUCAGAUGUGUGGGAUUUUUCCUUUAAGUCACAACGUAGAUGUAUAAAACACAUUCUCUCCAUUUCCAAAGGUUCCUGCUCCUGAAAUACGUUUUGUGUUUGAGCCGAACAGUGGUUUUGGUGCCAGUAAUGUCGGUGAUGUUGCUUUCCUUUCCUGGGUCCUGCUGGCUCCAUUCACUCUGACGUUGUACAUACGCUAUAGCUGAAACAAAAUGCAUGACUGACGGUCAAAACCUCGACAUGAAGGCCUUCUAUAGCUCUGCUGGUUUGAUUUGUGUAACAUAAUAUCACAAAGUCUAGAGGGAUGCAUGUAUGGGUUUCUCCUGUGCAACAGUUAACUCCUGUUAAGUGACCUGUUACCUCCAUCUCUGUAUAACGCUACUCUGAAUGAUAUAAGAAUGUAUUUCUUGUGACAGUGUCCUAGUUUUAGCCUGUUGCCAAAUGAUUUUGGUCCCGGCACAGCUGGACCAGACUAAUGCUGUCUCCUCAGUUGUCUCUUCUCCCCCUCUAAGAAAAAUCAGACUGUUGCUUGUUCCGCUCCUUCUCGUUCCUGCUGUAGCAUCUGGGGUGCGGUUGUAAACAGUCGAGCCUCGUACUAAAAGAACCUGCAGUUGAUCCGGCCCCCUCCCUCCCGUCCGUCAGCACAGCCUCUCUGAUCUCUGGAGAAAAACCGCAGCAGGUUCUGUCUUGCAGAAAUUGGCACGUGCACUGAUCCUUUGCUUUUGUGGACUUGGAUCCUCUGAAGCUGCUGCAUCAGGCAGUCAGCUGCAUGACAUGAUAGAGCUGAUUAUAACCCAUGUACAGAACUCUGAUCUUGCUAUGCUGAAGUGGAGUAUGUUUUAAGACAUCAGAUAUGAUAGUUUGUCGUUUGCCUAUUCUGUCACGGUCUGGCCUGGGUACAGUGUUCCUCACUUAGUUUUCUUUUGUGCAAUGUUUAGUCCACUAGUUGCUUGGCACUUUAUUUGUGACUUCCUGGCUUUUGAGCAGGGACUGUUCUGCCCAAUGUGAAUGCUGACUGUUUCACACCAGAUGUAAACUUCGGAGAUAUUUUCGUGUCAAAGAAAAGAUGAAUUCUCUAUUUUCCUUUCUAAGCUAUAUGUUGGCUUGUCUCGUUUUCUUUUCUCUGUGGAGAUUCUAGGGGAUGCAAAACUAGAAAGGGCUUAUUCCAGUGCAGCUUUGGCUCACACGUUGGAAAGGAACGCCGGUCCGAAUGUAAUUUGUGUUGGUCAUUUUCCCCCCAGUUGAAAGUCACCAUUAAAGCAGUGACACUAGAUACAGUAGAUUCUGCCAGUAGUUACUGCCACUACCAGAGAUCUGUCACCUGCAGCAACACAAGUUCACUAAUCAGUAUUGUUGUGGACUGAAGCCAUGAAUGGAAAUAAUACAGUAACAUGUAACUGUGUACGACAGCAACGGUAACACAAGCAAAGAGUUACAGUUCAGGCAGCACAACCUUCUAGUUAGUGAACAACAAUUUGUGGUCCAUUAAUUAAACAUGACAAAGUAAUACAUUUCCUUCAUGCUAAUCCUUUGUCAUUUUUCAGUCUGCUUCACCACUCUCCUGCUUUUCUUGUGCAUUUAUUUGGAGUUAAUUUUUUUCACAGCCUACGUUUAUGCUGCAUCAAAAGAAACAAUGAUGAAUUUGCCCCAAACGUAACAAAACCUGUGUGCUGUAUUCAGAGGUGUCUUCUCAGUCCCAGAACAAAUGGAAAGAGUUGCUGCUCAGUAUUUACUGCUUGUUUGCAGUGUUUUAUUCUUAAGAAAAUGUCCCUUUAAUAAAUUUUCUUUUCAAAACAACAUCAUUUACAGAAAUGUGUAAAAGGUUCUGGAAACACGCAAUUUCAGUUCCACUUAAAGCUUAUAGUGAGAAUAGCAUUAUAUCACUGUUGUCCUGUAAAUUGUAGUAAAAGAUCUGUAGUUAUUUAUUUGUUGCCAUGUGAUUCUCCUUAUGUGACCAUUUGUUUAUGACAUGAAAGUCAAUUAAAUUGAAUGUGGAAGACAGA